AUUUUUUGAAAUUAUCUUAAAAAAAAAAAAAAAGAUUAAAAUCUCAUUUCUUUCUUUCUCAUACAGCAACGCAACCUCUCUCCGACUCUGGGUCUCUCUUGUCGGCAUAAGCAUCUCUCUAUCGUCUCCUCUCUCCGCCACCAAGGAUUUACAAUUUUCGUUAUUUUGUGCUAUCUUGUGACACUGCCAAAUCCAAAUGCUAAAGUUUCUAUCGAAAGUGAGAAUUGAAUUCAAUGCUUUGGACCCUCGCACAGCCUCCUGCUUGGAGUUUCUUGCUCAGUGCAAUGCCCGCAAGGCCAAGGAAUCAAACCCUGCUUGUCAGGUUCUUGUCAAGCGCCGUACUGACGAUGAGCCACCGAAGAUCGCUGUAACCUUUGUCAAUGGUGUGGAGGAGGUAUUUGAUGCCACUUCCACGCCUGCCCAGAAUAUUAGGAACAUGAUUCUUGAAAAGGGUCAGCACCUAGAGACUGAACAGAUGUUCCGCGAGGCAGGGGAGUCUUGGCCUGUCCUCAUUCCUGAGGAAGAGAUCCAUCAGUACGCCCCUGGAACCAAGCCAAGGAAAGCAGAAGAAAAGAAGCAAUAAUUGUAGUUUUGGGAUGAUGACAAUUGAGAAGAGACAGGUGUGGUGUGGUAUUACUCAAUGAGAUUGUAUUACAUCAUGUUUCAUUCUUGUAUUGUAGAAGAAAAGUCUUUAUGUUUGACUUCAAAUGCCAAAGCACCCUUGUUCCCUCUUCAAGUUAUAGAUAAAUAAAGCUGAUUGAAAGACGAAA